ACUUUGUUCUUACUCCAAUCAAAACCAAGGUGAAAACAAAUUAGUGUCUUUGGCCAUUUGUCUUCACAAUAAGAAUAAUAUUAUAUAUAUAUAUAGGUUUUGCUAUUUUGGUAAUUUUGUAUUAUAGAUUAGAUUAGAGAAAGAGAUUUGCAGUUGAAGAAGGCAGUUGGGGUUUCAGCUUUGCUUCCUUAAUAAACAAAAGAGCUAUAGAGAAGUUAGGCCAACCGUUGUUGGCUUCCCUCCAAACUCUCUUCUGAAAAAUUCACUUGAGAUUAAAGCAAAAGCCUUUUCUUUCUUGGUCACCAUCUCAAACCCAACCCAACUCUCUCUACCUUUCUUGACACACUCUUCAUACCUAUUUUUCUUUCUCAUAUAAACUCUUCUCUUAGUACCCUUAUUCUCUCAUACCCAGAUCAGAUUUUGAGAUUUCAAGCUCUGAAAAGUGUUGUUUUCAGCUUCAAGUUUGAGAAUCUUUCAACCCUUUGGUCUGAGGAGUUUAAAGUUCAAAACUUUGGAGUUUCUAAAUGGUAAAGAUUCAUUCUUUGCUUUCUAUUUCAAUUCUCAUAAUUUUCAGCCUUGUAUAGUCAAACACAGAGAAAAACCAGAGUUGCAGAUAUAAAGUUUGAACCUUUGGAUUAAAGUUUGAGUUUUUGGAGAGAAUCAAAUGGAAAUUUCCAUACCCUUUUAAAGCUUGUCCUAUAGAAAACAGAGUUGAGAUUGAUUAUUAGUCAUACUAGUUUCAAAAUCAAGUAAUGAAUACCAGAUACUUCACUCCAUCAUCAGACACCUCCUUGUGUAGUUCUGGCAAUACAACACUUCCAUUUUCAUCCAUGUCCGCCAUAGGAGAACGAAUGGCGGUGACAACAACAUCAUCAGCAUCAUCAGCAUCAUCAGCAGCAGCUACCCGAAAUAGGGCUAAUCGAGCACCGCCUUCAUUGUUGAUAAGAAUGGCUAUGAGAGUAUCAAGAGCAAGGUGGUUUAGUUUCUUGAGAAGAGUAUUUCAUUACCAAAAUGGAGCAAGAUCAGAUCUUGAGUCUAGUCCAUUCAAUUCAAGCACUUGGAUGAUGCUUGAGUUUAUAGCUUUGGUUGUUCAGAUAGGCCUAACAACAAUUACUCUUGCUACUUCAAAGAGAGAAAAACCAGUUUGGCCUAUGAGGAUGUGGGUUGUUGGCUAUGAUAUUGGAUGUUUUCUUAAUCUUCUUCUUCUCUAUGGCCGGUACCGGUAUCUUCAUCUCACUCAAGGAGAUCUUUUUAGCCUUCCUGAUGUUGAACAACAAAGAGGGAUUGAAGAAUCAAGGACAACACAUUUGAUGAACAAGUGCAGGACAUCACUCGAGCUAUUCUUCGCGAUAUGGUUUGUAAUGGGCAAUGUUUGGGUGUUCGAUUCUCGAUUCAGUUCAUUCCGUCGAGCUCCAAAACUACAUGUCCUAUGCAUCACUCUUCUAGCUUGGAAUGCCAUAAGCUACUCAUUCCCCUUCCUAUUGUUCCUCCUCUUAUGUUGUUGUGUACCAUUGAUAAGCACUCUCCUCGGAUACAACAUGAACAUGGGCUCCAUCGACAAAGGAGCUUCCGAAGACCAAAUUUCGCAACUACCCAAUUGGAAAUACAAAGCUUUAGACAACAAAUCAGAGCCAGAAUUAGACAACAACAAUAAUUCUGACUCCAUUAAUGAUGACCCAGAAUGUUGUAUUUGCUUAGCUAAAUAUAAAGACAAGGAAGAAGUGAGGCAAUUACCAUGCUCUCACAUGUUUCAUCUCAAAUGUGUUGAUCAAUGGCUCAAAAUCAUAUCUUGUUGCCCUCUUUGUAAACAAGAAUUACAAAGAUAGCAAUGCUCGGAUAAUUCAAAUGGUCAGACAUGUGAUUUGUUCGAACUUUCUUAAGUACUUUCACAACAAUUGUUAUAGUUUUUUAGUCCUCGAAAUAUUGUAGAAUUAGGCGGGAAAAAAAUAUGAAAAAAUAAUGAAUUUUUAAUUUUUUUUUUGAAAUUUUUAUUUGGGUGUGAUUUAGAUUGUAUUAUUCUUAAUUUGGUUACUUGAGUGAGUUAAUUGCUUGUACAAAGAAUCAGGUCACCAGUAACCAAAACUAUACUCUUCUUUUGAGUAUAAAUAUAGCAAUAUUAGCAAAAGAGAGAGAGAAAAAAUAAAUAUUCAUAUAAAUAUAUUCCUUUAUUACAAUACAAUUUUUUUUUUUUUGAGUGUCAUGUAAUGUAUUUUCCAUUGUAAGUAAUGAAUGAAUCAAUUAUUGUUGUA